AUGGCGCGCAAGCUGGCGACAUCCCUCAUUCAUGCCGACGACAAUUUGAGGAACACUGGGGAUGUGGCGCCAACCAUCGGCCUUUCAACAACCUUCAUCUCUCCGCGGCCUGAUGAGGAAGGCAUCAAGGACUAUCGGAACCCCUCACGCCAUGUCUACAGUCGAUACACCACACAAAACUCUGGUCGAGUCGAGCGUGUCUUGAGCGAAAUCAACGACGGCUUUGCCAUUGUCUACUCGUCUGGCCUGGCCGCAGGGUUUGCUGCAUUGGUGUUUUUCCGGCCGAAACGAAUUGCAUUCACGGAUGGUUAUACUGGUACCAAAAGUCUCUUACAGUUGUACCUGAAAAUUGUCCCCGACCUGAAAGUCAUCAAACUUGACGAAGAAUUCCAAGCCGGCGAUUUGGUUUGGCUGGAAACCCCGCUCAAUCCCACUGGAGAGACUGCUGAUAUUCGUUACUAUGCAGACAAGGCCCACAAGGUUGGCGCAAAACUCCUGGUUGAUUCGACCUUUGCUCCACCGCCGCUGCAAUAUCCCUUUAACUUCGGGGCCGACUGUGUCAUGCACUCAGGGACUAAGUACUUUGGUGGUCAUAGUGACUUGCUCGCUGGGGUCCUUGUUGUCCGCAAGAAGGAUGAAUGGGAUGUCCUCCAGAGCGACAGAACAUAUCUAGGGAAUAUGAUCGGCUCACUCGAGAGCUGGCUCCUCUUACGCUCUCUCCGCACCUACCAUUUGCGCCUCGCGCGACAGUCUGAAAACGCGACUGCGCUGGUUGAAUGGCUCUGCAAGAUCGCGGCAACACCCAAAGGAGAAAGCUUCGACGGAGUUCCAGGCGGGGUUAUUCUGCAAGUCUGGCACUCAUCCAUUCAAAAGAAAGAUAUGCGCGGUUUCGAUCCAAAGUCGCAGAUGACGGGAGGAUGGAAUGCGACCUUCUCCAUCCAGUUAUCUAGACCGGAAUAUGCUGCCUGGUUUCCUCACUCUCUCAAAUAUUUCACACCUGCAACCAGUCUCGGCGGCGUGGAAUCAUUGGCCGAGUACCGAUUUUCUUGGGAUCCAACCUCGGACCCCAAGGCAGUCCGACUGAGCAUAGGCGUAGAGGAUGUUGCUGACCUUCAGGCCGACAUUCGUCAAGCACUCAAGCAUCUUGUUAAUAACUCGAAGCUCUGA